GUUGGGCGCACCGCCUUGAGUCGCCUUGUUUAGCGACUGAAUGGGUUUGGGGUUCGGGUGUUCAAGCGGGUUUAGCGACUGAAUGAUUUUUGGUUCGGGUGUUCAAGCGGGUUUCGGGUCUCUUCUUUAACAAACCCUUAAUAUUUUAGGGUUUUUUUCCCCUCAAUGUUGGCUUUGCUCCUCUCCUCAACUCUUACCCCAAUCUGCUGACAGUUGAAGAUCUAAGGACGCCGACGACGCCGACUGACGACGCCGCCCACCGCCGCCGACUCCUUCGCCUUCGGAUCCGCCGCCGACCGACCAGGCAAAUUCGAAGCAUGGGGCGGAAGGCCGGAGGUCUGUACAUAAAUCCGAAAAAGUUUGGUAAUGUUAGUAAACCUUGCAUGAAGGAGAUGGUCACAUUUCUUGGAUGCUUGUCCCUUAACAAGAACAACGAUGAUAGAUGCAUGAGGCACAAAGACCUUUUGCUAGCUUGUGUUGAAUCUCAGAAAGGAAAGCCAAAAAAUCCAGCAAGGACCAUCAAUUACCAUCUGCAGCGUCUUGGUAGAGAUAAAUACUUGUAGUGGAUUCAAGUGUUGCAAAAUUCAGUCAAUGUUGCUUAUAAGCAUCAGCACUAGGAAAAUAAUUUUGGAUUGUGUGUAAUUUUGAGUCACAAAACUAGCUAUUAGAAGUUGCACUUAGAUAUGAAAUCUUGAGGUGGUUAUUGUUUACAUUUGCUUUUUACAUUAUCAGGAGGUCUGGGCAUGAACUGGUUAUAUUUCAUGUAAAUCCUGCACUAGUCACUGACAUGUCUGGCGUCCAUGAGAAUAAUGUGGAUGAUCAUGAUCUCUUUGUAAUAGUUGUUUCAUUGGGAUCAUUUUGUUUGAUCACUUUGCUAAUUAUUGAUGUAAGCCUUGUUUCCAUUUGA